GGGAGGUGAGGAGAACACCCACACCCCAGAAUCUGCGUUAUAAAUACUACUUGCGAUGCACCGUCUGCAUAAGUCUUGGUCGUGAGGAAGCUCAGGGUUGCAGUAGUACAUCAGUCUUUUUUCUUUCCAUAAUAAAGAAGACCAUCAUCCAUCUUUUGUUUUGUUUUUUUCUCCCCAAUUUCAGUUCAUUUCAGGCCAGUUGCAUGCAUUGUUCGUCUCCCAAAAUGGUUUGCGAGACUAAAAUCGUUGCAGAAGAACACGAGGCCAUAGCUGGGACCAAAAAAGAUUCAAUUAUAGUUUCCUCCGCGCAAAUGUGGACGUCUUCUUCGCCUUCUCCCAGUGCGCUCGAGAGUAAGGUUGAAAAACGGGACCAGGUUUUUAUUCGCGAGUUUGAACGUUCGGACCAUGAGGAGGUGCGCCGGAUCUUCAACGAGGGAAUCAUGGAGCGGAUACCCAAUUCGGCAUUUCGGGGUCUAAAACAGCAAACUAGAACCCAAUUUAUCUAUGCUUUACUCACAGUAAUGUGCUAUUUUAUGACCAAAUCCUUCACACUGACCUUCUGCGCACCAUUUAUUCUAAUGGGUGCACGUUAUUACUACAGCAGAAAAGUCAUUCUCAACUACCUGGACUGUGCUCUGCACACUGAUAUGGCUGACAUUGAGGCAUAUUACAUGAAACCCACAGGCUCUUGUUUCUGGGUGGCAGUUCUGCAAGGCCAGGUUGUGGGCAUCGUGGCAGCGCAAGGCCGAGAAGAUGACAACACAUUGGAACUCCGUCGCAUGUCAGUGGACUCUCGCUUCCGUGGAAAAGGCAUCGCCAAGGCUCUGGGUCGACGUGUUUUAGAAUUUGCCAUGUUAAACAACUACUCGGCUGUGGUUCUGGGAACAACAGCAGUCAAGAUGGCUGCCCACAAGCUGUAUGAGUCGUUGGGUUUCCGGCGAGUGGGAGACACUGAGGACUACACGCUACCAGGGAUGACCCGUUCACUGCUGGAGAGGCUCUUCUUCCAGAUUCGCUACAGCCGGUAUCGAUUACAGCUUCAUGAAGAGUGAGAGACAGAGAGUUAACAUGAGUGCAGAAGAUAGAAUAUAAACGACAAUGCUUAUUCUACCUAUUUAUUUAUGUUUUGGGCUUUUUUUAAGUCCUAUGUGUUCCUACAACCUUUAUUUUUAUUCAUUUUAAUUUGUAUUCUUAUUUUCAUGAUCAUUGUUUUUUAGCAGAACGUUUCAUUCCUUUGACCAGGACUUAUUCUUUCUUUUCAUGGUCAUCUUGCCCUGAAACACCAUGAACAAAUGAAUAGCCCCAAUGAUUUUUUGAUUGGAUAUAAAUGUAAAUGGGUUCACAGUGAUAGAUUCUCCUUUAAAACACAUUAAUCAAGGCAGCUAAAUCUGCCUCUGACCUGUUUCUAAACCAUUCUAUAGGCCGAUCCACAGAGUAGCACAGACCACUAUCAUCACAGUUCAUGAUCCAAUGGACAUCGGAACUGGAGGGAAGGAGGUAGUAAAGUUUGAUCCACCUUUUCUGAUGCCACCUUCCUCCUGAGGAAGUACGUUUGAAACUUGCAAAAGCAGCAGUCUGGUGGAGUCAAACAGUCCAUCGAAUUGUAAUUUUUAGUCCAAAGCACAGAAUUUUUAACUGUGUCAAACUGAUGAACAAAAAGAGCUAGAAAUGUGAUUAUGAUGAUUUACAUCCCUAAGCACCUCUUAUUUAACAGGUUAUGAUAACAACUUUGCAAUAUAAUCUUUUUUGUUUUGUUGAGAAGGUUCCUAGUGCUGUGCCACAGUAUCAACAAAGGUCAGAAAUUACUAGAAAAACAUGAAUGUUCAUCAUGUUAAAGAAAACUAAUUUUCUCUACACUUAAUUUGGCUGACAUAACAGUUACAGUCAGUGAAUUUCACGUUUACAGAUAUAAGUGCUACAAAAAAAAUAACUUGAAAUCUAAAAUCUACAAAAAAAAAAUAAAAAAUCACUUGAAAUGUGAUUAUAAGAGUACACACAUUUCAUAUACUGCGAUAAUCUGUAUCACAUAAUUGUCAUUGAUCCGAUUUUAGCACAUAUCUAUUUGUGUAUCGAAUUAAUGAAGCUUUAAUAAUGACUUAAUGAAACUUUUGUAUACUUUGUGGAUAAUUUGGGGAAAAAUACUUACCACAAAACAUGCUUCCCAAUCUGAUAUUGCUCCUCCGAUGCAUAUCUAAAAUACAAACAAAGCAAAAACAAUCAGACUGCAAUUGUAUUCAAAUUAAACUUGGGUGACAUAAAAGCAGCAAUAUGAGGAUAAAACAGAAAUUAAUCUGAGCACAAAUCUAAAUUUGGAUAAAUAUAUAUAAAAAAAUCGACUGUAUACGUACACAGUAUAUAAGGCGUUAUAUUCUGGAACUAUUCAAUAUGUAUAUGUAAAAUGUUUGAAUACAUAUAUUAUGACAUACCCGUAAUCUCUCUCUGUCUCUAUCCUCCUAUCACAGUACCAGCACAGGGAGAGAUACAAACCACAAUGAGCCUCAUCUGUGACAUAAUGUUGUAUAAAGUUAAGAAACUAAAUGUGAUUUAAAAUGCAUAGAAGUAACAUGUAGUGCAAAAAACAAACAAACAAAAAACAUAACAAAUAAACAUGAACAUCGUCAGUUUUCCUCGACGUUAACCCCACCCCCAUCCGAAUAUCUGACUGCAACCCUGGGCCAGACCUCUCCCUCCCUUUCGUCCCCACCCUUCAUCUCCACCCCCAUCUCUGCAUGCGCCACGGAGUCUUGUUGCGCUGCCUUUUUCCCAUUCUAGCUUGUACUAUCCCCAUACUUCCCUCCCUCUGUGAUGUCACAGUAGCAGUGCGGAGAGUUGUGGGCGUGGCUUAGAAUGUGAGAUGGGCGGGGCCAACCAAAUAAUAGGACUACCCACCAGCUUACUGCUUCAAUGACAUCACAGCUGCCAAUAGUAGAAUGCAAGAGCAAUGCAAGUAUGUGGCAUGCCUCUGUACCUGGUUUGUGCGUACGGUGCCUGCCCUGGAAAAGAAGUAUAUUUAAAACUAUGUAAAACAAGCUUCUUUUUUUAACUGAACAUAUAACAAAUAUAUGUGUUUCAUUGUUCAAAGAAACUGUUGCAUGAAACGUCUUUGAAAGAAAAAUGAGCAAGAAAAUACCAUCUUUCACAUGGCAAGUCUUAAAAGUGGAGCUGUUUCUUUAUUAUAUUUCUAUGUAAUUUCAGUUCAUGCUAAAAUUCUUAAUGUCAUCUUUUAGGAUAUUGUGAGAUGUCCUUUUUCUUGUAAGAAGGCCUUGAAAUUAUUUAUCUGAAUGCGCCGUUUUGAUUACCGUUCAGUUACGUGACACUUCUCACUUUACUUGAGGACGUCGCUAUUUUAGCCAUGUGGGUUGAAACGAAUAAGGCACUUAGAAAGCAAUUCACUAGACACAACUUUGCCAGUGUGUGCCAGUCAAAUUAAACAUAGCAUUCACCUGCUUCCCUUAAAAUUGACUCAAUAGGUGGUCAGCUACGCUGUGUUUGAAUGCACUUAACAUCCUUAAGAAGAAAUGCUGGGAUGACUGAAUCCAUGAUGGGAUAUUUAAUCUAUCAGCACGAAGGCCAGUGUAAACCCAAAGCAAACAGCCUACAGAUCGCUUACCUGAGAUCUUGUGAAACAUUUGCGCUAAACUGUGAAAGGUUAAAACAAUCUACAAACACACAUAAAUGGAAUAGAGUAUGAAAAUAUACAAGGAGCGCAAUUAUAUUCAAUUCCACAUUAAGGAAUCAGCAUCAGAUCAACUGGGAAAAACACACACUAAUGUCUUAAUGGGAUUUACCAUAGUGCUGGCAGAUGUGAAUGUACACGGCAAUCAGCAAUGUAUUACGUAUUUUGAAGAUCCAGAUUUGAACAGUGUUUGAUGUACUCGAGGUCUUUUGCUAUGAGUGUUAUUCUUAUUCUGUAGUGCAACUGCCUUGAAAAUCCUUAUCUUAUUAUUCUGAAUGCAGUUAGCAUGGGAUUAGGGAUUUCAUGUAUAAGGUGCAUGUAUUGUUGCCAGAUUGAAGAGAGCCUUAUUGUAAUGCUAAAAUUGCAAGCAAGUGCAAGAACACCAUGAUCACUGCUUGUGUUUAACUAACCCGUUGACCAGUCCCUGAUCAUGCCUCUAGUUUUGCACAUGCUAAAACUUUUGCACAUGCUAAAGGCUCAAAUAAUUUGGAUUUAUGUAUACAGUUAGUGUGUCAUGUGUGGGUUUAGACUGGUGACUUGACUGGCUAGUGAAAGUCUCUGAAAGUUGAAGCAGUGUGGCCAAGUUGUUACGCAAGGAUAAAAAGCUGGGAGUUUACCCAUGUCUUAAAAAAAGAGAAAAGAAAAAACAGAAAUAAAGUGCAUUCUUUGUAUAUAUAUUUCUAGUGUUAGUUCAAAAGAACAGUUGAUAAGGCAUUCAGAUUGACCUUGGUAACCUGCAUGAAAGAGAUGGCUGCUAAGAAUGUUUCACUUAACAGAGGAGGAGAAGGGAGUCUGGGAAAAUCCACAAUGGUAGAUGGUCUUGCUUCAUCACGGUCACCCUUUAGUUUAGGGGAUGCAUGGAACAAGCCAAGGCACCAAUGUGUGGAGCUUCUCCCUUCUCCCUUCAUUUUCUAAGUUGAAAGCACUCCCUUAACUGUGGCUUCAAGUGCCAAGGAGGUAGUGGCACUUGUAGUCCAACUGUAUUAUUAUUUUCUUUUUUGGUUCAUUUUUUUAAAUAAGGGUUUGUCUUGCGCUUCUUUAUCAUCCACUACAAUGUAUUAAAAGUAUUUUUUAAAAGAUAAAUUUGCCAAAGUCGAGAUGUUUGCUGUAUUUCAUUCUUUUG